CUACAACGAGCUUCACUCUUACCAGCAUUCCUUUCCUCCUCACUCUUGCUCCCCUCAGGUUCAGUCUUUUUCCAAUUCGUUACCUUACCCUCACAUGGAAAUGGGAACCCUUGCCUCUGUUUUGUAUCAUACCACACCAAAAACUGAGCCAUACGAGGUUAAAAAUGUUGCACCUAUGGUGUCUUCUUACAAUCAGUGCAUACGUCCGAUCCUUGACGCUCUUGAGAACCUGAGGCGCCUAAACAUCACCAAAGAAGGGAUACAGCUUCCAACCAUAGUGGUAGUUGGUGACCAAUCUUCUGGAAAGUCCAGUGUCUUAGAAUCUCUGGCUGGAAUCAGCUUGCCCCGUGGACAAGGUAUCUGCACAAGGGUACCCUUGGUCAUGAGGCUCCAAAACCACUCACAUCCCAAACCAGAGUUGGAGCUGGAGUAUAAUGACAAACAUGUGCCCACGGAUGAGGCUCACGUCUCUGAAGCCAUUUUUGCUGCGACAGAUGAACUUGCCGGCUCUGGGAAAGGAAUUUCGAACACCCCAUUAACUCUUAUCGUGAAGAAGAAUGGCGUUCCUGAUCUCACGAUGAUCGAUCUUCCCGGCAUUACGCGAGUGCCUGUUCAAGGUCAACCUUUGGAUAUAUAUGACCAGGUUGUCAAUACUAUUAUGGAGUAUAUAAAGCCUGAGGAGAGCAUUAUUCUCAAUGUUUUAUCUGCCGCUGUUGAUUUCUCAACUUGUGAGUCCAUUAGGAUGUCACAGACUGUUGACAAAACGGGAACGAGGACUCUUGCUGUUGUCACAAAAGUUGAUAUGUUCCCGGAUGGACUGUGUGAGAAAGUAAAUGCUGAUGAUGUGAACAUCGGUCUUGGCUAUGUGUGUGUAAGAAAUCGCAUUGGAGAUGAGUCCUACGAAGAAGCUCGUGAAAAAGAAGCCAAACUAUUCAAGACACACAAGCUUUUGUCCAACAUUGACAAGUCCAUUGUUGGUAUUCCGGUUUUGGCAGAGAAGUUGGUUCAGCUUCAAGCGGCUAGUAUUUCCAAAAUAUUGCCUGAGAUUGUUAAGAAGAUCAAUGACAAACUUGAUUCUCAGCUUUCGAAGCUGGAAAAAUUUCCCAGAAAACUCACCUCCUCGGUUGAUGUGAUGUCUGCAUUCAUGGAUGUCAUUGGGUUGACAAGGGAGUCCCUAUGCAAGAUUCUUCUGAAGGGAGAAUUUGACAAGUACCCUGAUGACAAACAAAUGCAUUGCACUGCUCGCCUUGUUGAAAUGCUGGAUCAGUACUCUAAUGAUCUCCGCCAGGGUUCUGAAAUUAGUGCUGAAAAGAAGUUUUUGAUGGAAGAAAUUAAGGUGCUAGAAGAAACCAAGCGGAUUGGACUUCCAAACUUCAUGCCACGCACUGUUUUUCUUACACGUUUACACAGUAAAGUUGAAUCCAUUUCAAGCAUACCAAUUAAGUUCAUUGACAAGGUGUGGGACUAUCUUGAGGAGGUGGGGGUAACUAUCCUGAAACAUCACUCAGAACAUUAUCACCAACUUCAGACAUCUUUAAGACUUGCUUGGCAGAAGCUCAUUGCUAAGAUGAGGGAAAAUUCUAUGAAAUAUAUGCAGGAGGUUGUAGAAAUGGAGAAGCUGACCGAUUACUCUUGCAAUCCUGAAUACACAAUUGAGUAUAAUAAACUGAUUGCCAGCCAGAAUUAUUUGGUGGAAAAUGUUAAAGCACGUCCUUCCCUGAUGAUAUCUAUUAAUAGUUUUGGGACUGUUGAGAGGCUUAUAGACAACACUGCACUGCAUUUGCAAUUCAGCAUUUUCAACCUUCUGAACAAGGAUCUAGGAUAUGAGGUUUUGAAGGAUAUGGUGUCUCCUAGUGGAGGUGGAAUAGAGAGAUUGUUUGAGGAAACUCCUUCAGUUGCUGUGAAGCGUGACAAUCUCAAUAGGAGCAUUAAGAUUCUCAAGGAUAGUAAGGAAGUGGUGGCUAGCAUAAUUGACAAAAUUUCUACCUAUGGUAAUCAGAAUUAGGAAUGUCUUUUUUGAUGUUUGUGACCAUGUUAAUGUUGCAUCUAAGGUUUUAGAUCAAGUGUCCCUAAAGUGGUAGAUGUAUGGGUUUUGUGUUGGUCUAUUCUCUAGUUUUUUAGUUUUGUGUGUGGUGUCGUUUAUGAUUACAAUGAAUGUGUGAUUAGGAUCCCAAUGAAUGUGUUGACUUUUUA